GCCUUUGACAGCCUUCCCACCUUGUCUGAAAUGAGCAUUUGUAACACUGGAAUAAGACAAUUUCCAGACUUGACACAAAUCUUCUCACUGGAAGCUCAUUUUAUUUUGGAGCUCUGUGAUAACUUGCGUAUGACAAUUAUACCACAAAAUGCUUUCCAAGGGAUGAACAAUGAAUCACUGACACUCAAGUUGUAUAAAAAUGGAUUUGAAGAUAUCCACAGCCAUGCCUUCAAUGGGACAAAGCUGAAUCAAUUAAUCCUGAAGGACAACAAGAACCUCAGGCGGAUACACAACGAUGCCCUGAGAGGGGCCACAGGGCCAGAUGUCCUGGAUAUUUCUUCAACAGCGCUGGAGUCCCUGCCUAGUUACGGGCUUGAGGCCAUUCAGGUCUUAAAUGCAACGUCAUCUUACUCGUUAAAGAGGCUGCCACCACUGGAUAAAUUCAGCAGUCUUCUGGAAGCUGUCCUAACAUAUCCCAGCCACUGCUGUGCUUUUCGAAAUCUAAGGACAGAAAAACAGAAUUUGUUGCUUUCCAUUUUUGACAACUUCUCCAAGGAGUGUGAAAGCACCAUGAGGAAACCUACUAACGAAAUGCUUUACAGAGAGGACUCCAACAACACAUUGCUGUGGUCAGUGGAGAGGAACACGCACCCCUUUGUGACAGGUGAUGAAAGUUCUCCCUACAGCUACUCAACCAUUUUCGAUGACAGCGAAAUGGCCGGCUUUGACUUUGAGUACGACUUCUGUCAGCCUAAAGUCCUCACGUGCACUCCAGAACCAGAUGCCUUUAAUCCCUGCGAAGACAUCCUGGGAUACAGCUUCCUCAGAGUGCUGAUCUGGUUUAUAAACAUCCUCGCCAUCGCCGGCAAUUUCACCGUGCUCCUCGUUCUCCUGACCAGCCACUACAAGCUCACCGUCCCUCGCUUCCUCAUGUGCAACCUCUCCUUCGCCGACUUCUGCAUGGGGCUGUACCUCCUGCUCAUCGCCUCCGUGGACGCCCAGACCAGCGGGCAGUACUACAACCACGCCAUCGACUGGCAGACGGGCAGCGGCUGCAGCACCGCCGGGUUCUUCACGGUGUUUGCCAGCGAGCUGUCGGUGUACACGCUGACGGUGAUCACCGUGGAGCGCUGGCACACCAUCACCUACGCCAUGCAGCUGGACCGCAAGCUGCGGCUGCGGCACGCCGUGCCCAUCAUGCUCGGGGGCUGGCUGUUCUCCAUCGGGAUAGCCGUGCUGCCUCUCUUCGGGGUCAGCAGCUACAUGAAGGUCAGCAUCUGUUUGCCCAUGGAUAUCGAAACGGGCCUGUCCCAAGCCUACAUCCUGCUGAUCUUGGUGCUGAAUGUUGUCGCCUUCAUUGUCAUUUGUGCUUGCUACAUCAAGAUUUACAUCGCCGUGCAGAACCCAGAGCUGGUAGCUGCCAAUAAAGACACCAAGGUCGCCAAGAGAAUGGCAAUUCUGAUCUUCACAGAUUUCACCUGCAUGGCCCCCAUCUCUUUUUUUGCCAUAUCCGCUGCCUUCAAAGUUCCUCUCAUCACAGUGACCAACUCCAAGAUCCUGCUGGUUUUAUUUUACCCCGUCAACUCCUGCGCAAACCCCUUUCUCUAUGCGAUUUUCACCAAAGCGUUUCGGAGGGAUUUCUUUCUGCUGAUGAGCAAGCUUGGUUGCUGCAAGAGCCGAGCAGAGCUCUACAGGAUGAACUAUUUCUCUGCUUAUAACUCCAACUGCAAGAAUGGUGGCGCAGCCACAGCCACAGCCCCCAGCAAAGCCUCUCAAGCAAUCCUGCUCUUGUCAGCCUUAGAGAAGCCCUAUCCUGCACCACAGGACAAGACAUCUCACAAGGAAAAUUAACCCGGGGUGCCAAGAGAUGCAGCACUUUGCAAAGCCAGUUGUGAUUAUCUUAGUGACUAGGGAUUGUUUUAAAGUAUCUUGAACAUUUCAUAAUAAAUAAAAAUGCCAGUCAGUAAUUCUUAUGCAACAUAACUGUUCUGAAGUUCAAAGUGGUGUUUUCCGUUCUCUUCCUUUGUGGUGAUGGGUGUGGAAGGUGGCUAUUAGGCAAAACUUUUCCGUGUGAGGAACCAGAAAAGUCCAGGAAUAGUCAAGUUGCUCUUGAGGCUAACAGCUACUGCAGUGAUUGUAGCCGGGCUUCUUUUUCUCCAGAUCGGCUUCCCUGGAGUAUUUAAAGCCUGUUUGCUACCUUUCAUGGCUUCUUUUUUCAUUCCUAUCAGCUGUGCUGGCAUUGUUGGUUUAAAGAAAGAGGCACUAAACUAGAUGCCUCCAUUUCAUCAACAGAAACUUCCAAUUACACAGCCACCUACACACAGUUAAAGAAGAGCGUUCAAGAGAUAGGCUGUAAAGAUGUCACCAAGGAGGAAAGUUGAUCUAUUGAACUUUUGCCACUGGCAAUUUUGCAGUUUACAUUAAAUCUCAGGCUGAGCUGGUGGGUAGUUUACUUAAAUUAUUAACCCAUACACGGCCAUGUGUGAUCUGGAAAUCACAAGAGAUGCAAAACCCCCACUGCUGCAAACAGGACUCAAUUUAGGACAUCUAAACAUCAUUUAGCAUCAUUUGUGCACACACAAAUCAGGUAAACUGUAAAGGCUCCCUCUCAGCAGCAGGAGAGCUGCUUCCUGCACAGGCAAGGAAGUGCUGCCUUGUUUUCCCUCCUGGAACAGUCUCAGGAAUGAUUUCCACCUGUCCACUCUCUGACAUCACCAGUGCCAGUGGCACUCAGGAACGCACCAGGGCCUCUUCAGCACACACAGUCCAACUCUAUCCCCAGGUGAUGAAGCAGGGUAGUAGAGUAGUUACCUUUUGGUGACAAUCUUCUCCCAUUAAAAUCUCUCUUUCACUAUGCAUUGCCUGAUACUAAGUGAUCACACUAAAUGCCAGGUCCAGAUUUGUGACUGCACUGCUAAUUUAAGUAAGUGCAGAGUCUGAUACAUAAGAGAACAGUACUAUUGUAAUCACUUUAAACCUUUCACAUUCUCCUUUUGAGCUGAGUCCUUUGCUUUCAAGUCUGUGACGGCAACUGAGUUCCAAAGCCCUCCUCUUGUUGCCAAAACACUGCACCGCAAGCUAAAUUUGCUUCACGUUUAUGAAAGCAAUUCUUUGUACUAGUGACUGCUCUAUCAUUAGUUCAUAAUUGUGAUAAUUAGAAAUAACAUCUCUGACCCACUCUUACCUUCAGCAUAAUGCCAUGAUUUCCAUCAGUACAAAAGCUCUGGAUGUAAGCACAGCUGUGCUCAUGAGCAGUUCCCACAGGAGUGGAAUGAAGCAGAAUUGAGAACAGGAGACUCUUAAAACUCUGUGGGGUUUAGCAAUCACAACAAAUUCCCUAUGAUGCACCUCUUUACACACACCAGCUCCUGAGCUCAGCCAAUGAUCAAACAGGACUAUGAUAGGAUAUUUAAUACAAACCAAAGGUACUGGUGUGAAAAAAUAGCUACUGGGCCUAAAACUUCUCUGUCAUCUAUAUCAAAACUUAUUUUUGAGACUCAAUUCUUCUGACAUCCCAUAGAAGAGUCCUGCACAUGAUUUAGGACAUGACAGCACAAUAUCUUAAGUGAGCAAUAACUGAUUUACUUGCAUCAUGUUUCAACAGGACAAGAGCUUGUCAGCACACCCUCCCCACCACAUAACAUGGUCAGGAAGCUACGGCAAGGGAGAUGAGUUAGGAUUAACAGCUGAUAGCAUCUGCCCUACAGCUGCAGAGGUAAUAGCCAAGCAGCAAGAGUCUCUGUGGGCAUUUUUCUUUUUGUACCUGCUGUAAGUGGAGUGAAAUCCAC